GUGUCAUGCCGUCAUUUCAAUCUAUCAUCUCACAAACCACUCAAAACACACAAAAGCUGCAUUAGAAGUAACCAUCUCCUUCUGAUUCAAAUAUCGAGGAAAGCCCGUAUAUCGUCAUCCAGGCUGGGACGACCUGUGAGCACAUAUUCAAGCAUGAAGAUGGGUCGUGAAGUCAUGGUUCCAAUCACUUGCUCGAUUAUGGUCAUAUUGGCCUUAGUCGGAAUCGCGGAGGCAACAGUGUACACAGUCGGUGACAGCCAAGGCUGGACGGCUUCACCCAACAUUACUCAAGGGUUUUAUGAUGACUGGGCUGCUAAUAAGACCUUCAAGGGUGGUGACAGUUUAAAAUUCGUAUGGAAUGGAACCCACAACGUGGCCUUCGUAACAAAGGAAGAAUACGAUAACUGCACACAAAUCAUCUCAGUUUUCUCUGGGGGCGAGGCGUUCCAGUACAAGCUCCCCUCGAAUGCAAGUGGGAUGUAUUACUUCAUCUGUACCAUCGACUCUCACUGCGCCGGAGGACAGAAGCUGGCCAUAAAUGUCACAUCCUCGGAGACCCCCACAAAUGAUAAUGGAAGCUCGGCCUCGCUGACAAUGGGAGCCUCAUGGGCGAUUCUCUGCACCGGAGUUUUAUAUCAUUUGAUCAACUGAAGAUGAUCAGCUGUUAGAGUUAUCGUGUUUUUGUAGAUUGAUUCAUCUCAUAUAUGUAUUGCAAUAAUAAAGUGAUUAGCUCAUGGUUUAGAAGCAUAUAGGGCAUGUAAACUUCGUCCGUAUCCAACAAUAAGAGUUUUUUAUUGUUUUAUA